UAGAUUUUAGGCUUUCAUCAAUCAGCAUGGACCUUGUAAAACUUCUGGAAGACCACAGAAUAGAAACGCGCAAACCUAUUGUUUCUUACUCUGACCACCUUGGGUUGGUGCACGCAAACUUCUAAGGUGCCGACCGAGAGUUCACCUUUGCGUAUUUCCUACCCAACGUUUCCAACCACUCCGUUAUCGUUUGAGCUUUUGCAAGGAAAAAUGAGUCUGAAUCAGAUAACGGUUUACUGUGGAUCAAAUCCUGGUAAGGAUCCAAGUUUUAUAGAAGCUGCAAAAGAUUCCAGAGCUUCUGAGAUCCAGAGUAUCAUCAGAAAAAACAUGAUCUGCUCACACAGUACACAUGUGAUGCAUGAGCUUGGAGGGUUAUUUCUACAAAGGAACAUUGCUCUAAUAUAUGGAGGUAGCAGUUCAGGCCUUAUGGGAUGUAUUGCCCAAGUUAUAAGCAAUGGAGGUGGGAAGGUCACCGGUGUUAUACCUCAAUUCAUGUGUGACAAGGGUCUCUCUGGCAAAGGUCCAGGAAAACUGCUGUUUAUGGAGAGUAUGCAUCAAAGGAAACAGUUUAUGUGUGACCAGGCUGAUGCAUUUAUUGCCCUUCCUGGUGGAUUUGGGACCAUGGAAGAACUUGUUGAAAUGAUUACUUGGGUACAACUUGGAUUACACAACAAGCCAAUUGGAAUUCUAAAUACAAACAAUUAUUACAAAGGUUUCCUAGAAUGGGUAGCGAAGGCUGAGGAAGAAGGGCUAACCUAUAAAAAAGCAGAGACAUUUUUUGUUGUAGCAGACACUCCAGAGGAACUACUGAAUAAACUAGAUGCAGUGAAAAAGGAACGAAGUUCAGAAGUUAAUUAGAAAUUGGCUUUUUUAUUGAGCAGAUGUCCACAGACUGGCCGAUAAGGUCCGGCUGGUUUUAAACUGUUAAAUAACUCAUUGGCUCUUAGGACUAGUCCCUUGUAAAAGUACGAAUUUGUCCAUGAAAUAUCCAUGAGUUGUGA